UAUUGACUCGUUUUUAGCAUUGGUGCGUCGGAUCUAUGGCGAUGGCAAGUGACACGCAUGCCUCUUCCGAGAGGCUCCGCACGAGCCUCUCACGUGGUGCUUCACGCGGACGUCAGCUUGGGCUAAACGCGCUCUCCCCGCGGCGAUCCUUGAGCCCGCGUGACACGAUCGGCUUGCUCCGUAUGGGAAUCAACCCUGAGGCCUCGCUGAGCCCGAGGCGGUUGAGCCCCGCCAGCAGCGUGCGCAGCUUGUCCAGAGGUUCGCACAGCCGCUUCCUCUCCCCAGAGGAGGAGGAUCGACUGGUGCUGAAGGGGGAGCAGGAACGGGUUCGUUUGGAAGCCCGGGAGCGGCGGGAGCAGCUCAGGGAAGCCCAAAAGCUGCAGGCGGAGCAGGAGCACCUGCUGCGGCUCCAGCGGAGGGCCAUGGACCGGGAGACCCAGAAGCAGCGCCUCGAGGCGGAGCGCUUCGAGCAGUGGCGCGGGCGCCUGGAGCGCCGCGACGUGCACCGGGCCAAGCUCUGGGAGAAGGAGCUCGAGAAGUUUCCCACGGGAUCGGAAAGGUCACCCGUGAGGUCCCGGUCCUCCCGGGUGCCUUCAAGGAGUCCCUCUCAGGCGGCUUCUCCGAACCCCUCCCCGCGGUCCCAGGUGUCGCGGCUGUCUUCCUCCAUGUCCGCGCUUUUGAGCCCGCGGGACCGGAUCAAGAGCUGGGACUUGAACAUCGCAUCUUAUACUCGGCAGGAAGUGCAGCAGCUUGAGACUGAUCGAUUGGCACUGCUCGCAGACAAGGAGCUGCAAGUGCUGCAGGCCAGGGAGGCCAAAUCCCGGGAGCGGCAGGGCAUGGACCUGCGCCACGAGCGGCUGCAUGUCCGCUCCGUCUCGGAGCUCGAGGCGAUCCGCCUGGCGCGGGAGGAGAAGCGGCAGCAGGAGCUGCAGAAGCGGUCGAGAGACCGGGAGCAGCGCCACGAGCAGCGGAAGAGCAAGAGGGCCGGAGAGGUGGGAACGAAGGAGUAUGAGGAGCGGAUGAAGGAGAUACGUCUCCACGAGCAGAGGCAGAAGAAGUUGUACUUCAAGCAGCAAGCAGAAGAGCAGGCUGAGGAAGGCAAGAUUCGUGACCUGGGGCGCAGAGAAUUGCAAGCUCAGGAGGUGCGCAUGCGCAAGGAGCGCGAGCACGAGAUGCGUCAGAAGCAGCAGCUGCUGGAGCACGCAGCGAAAGAGCGACAGGCAGAAGCUGCGCGUGAUGCCCGUGAAGUUAUGAAGGAAGAGAUGCGCCUGAGGAAGGUGCAAGAGCUGGAGCUGAAGCGAGCAAAGGUCCUCGCAGUGAAAGCCGACCAGGAUGGACGGAGGAAAAAGAAGGAGGAGGAAAAGGCCUACAUCUACACGCCCGUCCCGCGCUUGAGUGACAAAGUCAAGGCAGCGGCUGCAGAGGCCAUGGCGCAGUGGGAUGCAGAGAUGAACGAGAAAGUGGCCGCGGCCAGAACUGCUAUGCCUGCGGGGUGAGGCAAUGCAUUUCGCGCACGGAAUCACACCGAAGCCCGAGCUUCGGAGUUUGAGUGAUCCCUGAGCGGAGCCAGCUUUCAAUGGACAAGCAGGGAGUUGAAAGGCCUCAGCUUCGCACACGGGACACGAUUUUGUCUCCGGCAAAAUCCCCAAUCCUUACAUCUCGUAGUUGGUUCUUGCCCAACCCGAUGUUGUC